AUUAAUUAAGAAUAAUAUUAAUAAUAUCUAAGCCCUUAAUUAUAAAACUCAUCAUUAAUCUGUUUCAUAAUCAAACUCAACUAAAUUUCUCUCUUUCUUGUUAAACCCAACUAAGACUUUUUUCAUGGGACAAAAGGAAGAUAGAAGAAUAACUCUAAGUGAUGAAUAUGAAGUGACAGACAUACUUGGAAGAGGAGGGUUCUCAGUAGUGAGGAGAGGAACAAGUAGAACAACACAUGAAGUUGUUGCCAUCAAGACUCUCAGGCGAUUCGGGCCGCCAUCACCACUGGAGAAGAAAGAAAAUAGGACUCUUAAUAAUAACUCGAGAGUACCACAGGAAAGAGCUUUGAUAUCAGAAACUUUGUUGACAAAUGAGCUGUUAGUCAUGAGGAAGAUCGUGGAAGAUGUUUCUCCUCAUCCAAAUGUCAUCCAUUUGUACGAUGUUUGUGAGGAUUCUUUUGGGGUUCAUCUCAUCUUGGAGCUUUGCUCUGGUGGGGAGCUCUUUGAUCGGAUUGUUGGGCAAGCAAGGUAUAACGAGGCCGGGGCUGCUGCCGUGGUGAGACAAAUAGCUAAAGGACUUGAGGCACUACAUGGGGCAAGUAUAGUUCAUAGGGACUUGAAACCAGAGAACUGUCUGUUCUUGAACAAGAAUGAAAAUUCACCAUUGAAGAUAAUGGACUUUGGGCUCAGCUCAUUCGAGGAUUUUGCAAAUCCAGUGGUUGGUUUGUUUGGUUCAAUAGAUUAUGUUUCACCAGAAGCACUUUCAAGGGGAAAAAUCACCACCAAGACUGAUAUUUGGGCACUUGGUGUGAUCCUUUACAUUCUUCUCUCCGGGUACCCACCUUUCUUCGCGCCGUCCAAUCGGCAAAAGCAACAAAUGAUAUUAAAUGGCCAGUUCAGCUUUGACGAGAAAACAUGGAAGAACAUAUCUUCAUCAGCGAAACAACUAAUUUCCAGUCUUUUGAAAGUUGAUCCUAACAUGAGACCUACUGCUCAAGAGAUAGUAGAACAUCCAUGGGUGAGGGGAGAAUUAGCAAAGGAAGAAGAGAUGGAUGCCGAGAUUGUUUCCCGUCUCCAAAGCUUCAAUGCUCGCCGCAAGUUCCGAGCAGCAGCCAUGGCCAGUGUGUUGAGCAGCAGCUUUUCUUUGAGAACUAAAAAAUUGAAAAAUAUUGUUGGUUCCUAUGACCUCAAGCCUGACGAACUCGAAAACCUCAGCCACAUUUUCAAGAAAAUAUGCAAAAAUGGAGAAAAUGCAACAUUGGUGGAAUUCGAGGAGGUCCUCAAAGCUAUGGAAAUGACAUCUUUAGUGCCUUUAGCAGGGAGGAUAUUUGAUCUAUUUGACAACAACCGUGAUGGAACGGUGGAUAUGAGAGAGAUAAUAGGUGGUUUUUCAAGCCUCAAGUAUUCCCAAGGGGAUGAUGCACUUCGUCUUUGUUUUCAGAUGUAUGAUACUGAUCGGUCAGGCUGUAUUAGCAAGGAAGAAGUUGCAUCCAUGUUGAGAGCACUUCCUGAAGAUUGCCUUCCAAUGGAUAUAGCAGAACCUGGAAAACUUGAUGAGAUAUUUGAUUUAAUGGAUGCUAAUAGUGAUGGCAAAGUCACUUUUGAUGAGUUCAAAGCUGCUAUGCAAAGAGAUAGUUCCCUUCAAGAUGUUGUACUCUCCUCACUUCGUCCCAAUUAAUUCCUUUAUUAAAAUUAUUCCUCUUUUAAUUUGUAGUACACUAAUUAUAUUAAUAAAUCUCUUAACUAUCUAUGACAGUGAUUUAUUAUUCUUGA